UAUAAAGGUGAUGCAGUCUGUUACAUCGUUUUGUUUCCUCUCUGCGCGAAUAUGGCUCGGAUACCUUCGUUGCUCGUGACUACUCUAGUGACUUUAACAUGUGCAACUAACAUCGAAAGAAAUACAGUAUACCACAAUUUAUAUGGGUUUUUGGAAGAAGAAAAACCAUUCCAACAGACUGCGUUAAAUUUGGGUUACGGUGGUUUACAUUUUUUGGCAGAAGGUGAAGAGUUUUUGGCUAAUCAACUCAAAGACAAAACUCCAAAGUUCGGUGAAGAGUAUGAUUUUCUCGUUGUUGGUGCUGGCAGUGCGGGUGCCACCAUUGCUUCAAGAUUGAGUGAGACAAAAAAUUUUAAAGUUCUACUCAUCGAAGCUGGCGGAUAUGAGAAUUUGAUUAUGGAUAUUCCAGUUAUAGUUAAUUAUCUUCAGUUCAGUAAUGACAUCAACUGGAAGUAUCAAACCGAACCAUCUGAAAGUUACUGUCGGGGGUUGCGAGAUCGGAAGUGUAAUUGGCCAAGAGGCAAAGUGAUGGGAGGAAGUAGUGUUUUAAAUUAUAUGAUAGCAACCAGAGGAAAUCCUCUAGAUUACGAUAAAUGGGCUGAAAUGGGCAACGAAGGGUGGUCCUAUGCAGAAAUUUUUAAAUAUUUUAAAAAACUAGAAAGUAUACAAAUUCCAGAAUUGAGAGAUGAAGAGAAAAUGCACAACGUAGAUGGACCAAUGCGUAUUUCUUAUCCUCCUUAUCACACUCCACUCGCAGAAAGCUUCAUUAAAGCAGGAUUAGAAAUGGGAUAUCCUACCAUUGACUACAAUGCUAACCAAAACGUUGGCUUUUCUUAUAUACAAGCUACCAUCAUGAAUGGAACAAGGUUUAGUACUAACAGGGGUUAUUUACAAUUUCCAAACAGAAGACAGAAUUUGUUUCUUUCUAUGUUCAGCCACGUUAACAAAGUACUCAUUGAUUCUAAAACUAAAAGAGCACUUGGUGUGGAAUUUACUAAAUCUAAUAGAACUAUUCGCGUGAGAGCGAGAAAAGAAGUCAUUCUUAGUGCUGGUGCAAUUAAUUCUCCUCAAAUUUUAAUGCUCUCUGGUAUUGGCCCAGUAAAACAUUUAGAAGAAAUCAAUAUCAACGUUAUCCAAGAUUUACCAGUCGGAGAAAAUCUGAUGGAUCAUAUAGCUUACGGUGGACUUAUUUUUUUAGUUGAUCAGCCCGUUAGUAUUGCUACCAGAGAUUUAAUGAAUCCUAUAAAUCCGUAUUUGAAUGAUUUUCUAAUAAAAAAAGUCGGACCUUUGACUGUCCCAGGUGCAUGUGAAGCUUUAGCUUUUAUAGACGUUGACAAUCCUAAUAAAUUAGAUGCUUAUCCAAACAUGGAAUUACUUUUUACUGGUGCUUCUAUAGUUUCGGACUAUGCGCUUCGUUAUACCGUUGGCUAUUCCGACGAGCCAUGGAAUAAAAUGUUUGCUCCGAUUUUCGGAAAUUACUCAUGGAUGAUAUUUCCAAUGUUAAUGCAGCCUAAAAGUAGAGGUAGAAUCCUUCUUCGAAGUCAAGAACCCAUGGCGAAACCAAGAAUUAUAGCUAAUUAUUAUGAUGACCCUGAAGAUGUGAGAAUUUCUAUAAAAGGAAUUAGAGCAGCCAUUGAAGUUAGUAAAACUAAGUCGAUGCAGAAAUUCAAUUCACGAAUUCAUGACGUAUUAGUACCUGGCUGCGAGGAUCACGAAUACGACUCAGACGAUUACUGGGAAUGUGCUUUAAGAACUUUUACUUUCACUAUCUAUCAUUAUUCUGGCACUUGUAAAAUGGCUCCUGAAAAUGAUCCGACUAGUGUCGUUAAUCCAAGAUUGCAGGUUAAAGGUAUCAAAGGACUGAGAGUCGCAGAUGCUUCGAUCAUGCCGUCGAUUAUAACGGGACACACAAACAUACCUACGAUAAUGAUUGGUGAAAAAGUUGCUGAUAUGAUAAAAGAAGAUUGGAAAAAAAAUUAAAUGCUUAAUGAAAAAAUUCAAUAGAUAUUUUGAAUCACAUUUCUGAACCGUUCGUUAUACAACCUUUCAUGAAUUUCUCAAUUAUUAAAUUAAUUUUCACAAUAAGCGUGUCUUUUUAAAACAAUUUUAAUAAAGUCAUGAAGUUGCAAUAAAUAGUGUAAGGUCAUGAACGCUGACCAGUA